GAAAAACAUCGCAUAUGAAGAACCAGAAGAGCCAAAUCAAAACAAAAGCGGAUGGUUUUUCGUUUAACAUUUUGCUUCGUAGAAAAUUAUUUUAUUCAGUGAUUGAAUAUUCCGUUCGACAAGAAUGGAACAGAAAGUGAUAUUGAAGUUAACGAUUCCUCCAGAGGAAAUUCUGAUGACCCGAAUGCUGGUUUGUCAAGUGGACGGAUGCACCGAACAGUUCUCGAAUGCGUCCCAUCUUCAAAUGCACCUCAGCCGGCAUCAUCGGCUUCCUUCCCCGAACAUUAGCCAUCCAGCUGGGAUCCCGGAAGAUCAUCACGUGAAGCAUUUCCACUGUCCGAUGGAGGAUUGCGUUUACCACUUGAGGGCCAGUGGGGAGAAGUUCUUCUCUUCCUUCCGGUAUCUAAAGCAACAUUUCCUGAAAGUCCAUUCUGCAAAAAAUUUCGUCUGCAACAGCUGCAAUGGUCAGAAAUCGUUUGCCACCGAGUCACUCCUAAGGGCGCACCAGGCAAACUGCGGUCAAUCCUUCGUUUGUAAGGUUUGCGGUUUCGGCUACGGUAGUCGAGAAGCCCUGUUGACACAUGCCAAAAGAAAGAACCACAAUUACUUAGAAUUACUCGCGUGUAAAACUGGCAAACGGAAGUCGAAAUCAAAGUCUACCGACUUGGCCGUGAAAGUUAUAAGGAAAGAACAUUCAAAAUCUAUUCAGGUUCAAACAGAAAAGCUGCAAGAGGCUGAUGGCGAAACAAUAAAGAAAUCUCAAACAACUCAGACAGAGUUCAGCGCUUCAGAACAAACGGAAAAGAUAGAAUGCUACACUCAGACCGCCAGUUCUAGUCAGGACCCAUCAGAGUCCACAAGUACUUCUACAAUGGAUAGCUACUGCCAAACAAAUCUGGAGCAGUUCAGCUACUUCGAAGAUACCAGUCUAACUUGCUUUGGAAAUGCUAUGAUCCCCGCGGCCAAUGCCCCAUCGGAAUCGGUAACCUGUGUCUGCACGGAAACGCAAACCGAUCAGAUCUACGACGAAAUGUUUCCGAACGAGGACCGGUCCGAUCCGAUGCUGUACUCGCACAUGUACACCCAAACGUGCGAGGACAUAUUCUCCGAUCUGGCCCUGGCCCACAUAGAGACGCAAACGACCUGGGGGAAUGGAGGGCUGGGGGAGUUCCUGGUUUCAACCGAAACGCAAACCAAUCUCAAUCAAGCUGGGUCUACCGGUGGCGGAUCAGGAACUGAGGAGCGAAUUUCCUCCAUUCAAACGCAAACCUCAGCCCGCAGUAUGGAGUUCCUUAACGCCAUCAGCUCCGAGAGCAAUUCGAUCCAUACGCAAACGUCUUGAUAUUGUACCGAUGAGGAUGACUAUCGGGUGGAUUUCUAGUGGUCGGUUAAAUUUGGGGCAUGUGAUGAAAGGUAAGUGUUCAUUUUCCUGUGUUUCUUGAAACUUUUUUAAUUCAAAGUGACUAGGUAAAUGUACAGAUACUCGUUUUGUGAUCAUUGUAGUUUAAAAUGUUGCUAGCUUACUUUCUCGAAAUCUACAUUUUUGUCAAGCACUUGCACGAUCGAUCUCAAUUAUGGUAAUGAAUGAUGGUCAAAAAUGUAUUGUCUGCACUCAGUAAGAGCUAAAA